UGUGUAGUGAAGAUGCGACCUGGAUAAACACAGACAUACAGAAAAACAAACCCCACCAAGUGUUGAAGACUGUUCACAGAAACAUAUCUAAUAAUGUCAGCCACUGGCGAUAACAGAGGUCUCAAAUGUGAAGUGUGCACAAAAUAUGUCACAAGCAAAUCCAAGCUAGAAGCACACAUGCGCGUGCAUACCGGCGAGAAACCGUUCAAAUGUGAAGUGUGCACAAAAAGUUUCACAUGCCGCAGCAGCUUAACAAAGCAUACACUGAUACAUACUGGUGAAAAUCGUUUGAAGUGUGAUGUGUGCAAAAAACGUUUUAAACGCAAAACUGUCUUAAAAGGUAUCAGAUGUGAAAUUUGCUUAAAAUAUUUCACAUGCAAGUCUACACUAGAAACGCAUAAGCUUGUUCAUACUGGCGAGAAACGUUUCAAAUGUGAAGUGUGCACCAAACGUUUUACACGCAGUAACAGCUUAAAACAGCAUAUGUUGAAUCCUACCGAUCAAAAACGUUUCAAAUGUGAAGUGUGCACAAAGUCGUUUAACUACUCGUGGCGCUUAAACGAACAUAUGUUGAUUCAUACUGGCUCUGGUGAAAAACCUUUCAAAUGUGACGUGUGCACAAAACGAUUUACAACGAGUUAUACCUUAAAACAGCAUAUGUUCAUUAUUCAUAGCAGUGACAAUCCUUACACAUGUGAAGUAUGCACAAAACGUUUUACAAGCAAUUCCACCUUAAAAGAACAUAUGUUGGUUCAUACCGGUACUGGUGAAAAACCUUUCAAAUGUGACGUGUGCACAAAACGAUUUACAUGGAGUUGGACCUUAAAACAGCAUAUGCUCAUACAUAGCAGUGACAAUCCUUACAAAUGUGAAGUAUGCACAAAACGUUUUACAUCCAAUACCAGCUUAAAAUAUCAUAUGUUGAUUCAUACUGGUGAAAAAUCUUUUGAAUGUGACGUGUGCACAAAACGUUUUACCAAAGGUACCACUUUAAAACUACAUAUGUUGAAUCACACGGGUGGAAAAUCUUUCAAAUGUCAAGUGUGCGCAAACUAUUUCACAUGCAGUUCCACAUUGAAGAAUCAUAUGGUCACUCACAGUGAAAAAACAUUCAAAUGCGAAGUGUGCACAAAAUGUUUUAUAAGCAGUGGCAGCUUGAAACUGCACAUGUUAAGUCACACUGGUACUAAAGGCUUCAAAUGUGAAGUGUGCACAAAAUGUUACGCAUACAGUUCCAGCUUAAAACAGCAUAUGACUAUUCAUACCGGGGAAGAACGAUUUCAGUGUGAAGUGUGCACCAAACGUUUUACUCAGAUUGGAAACUUAAAAUAUCAUAUGAUGAUUCAUACUGGCAGAAAACCAUUUGAAUGUGAAGUGUGCACAAGGCAGUUUGCAUGGGCUUGUACCUUGAAAGAACAUAUGUUAAUUCAUACUGGAGAGAAACCUUUCAAAUGUGAAACGUGCAAAAAAUGUUUUAGAUGUAAAUCCCUCUUAAAAAGGCAUAUGGUCAUUCAUAAUAGUGAAAAAGGUUUCAAAUGCGAAGUGUGCACAAAAUGUUUUAAACACAGUGAGAGCUUACAGCAACAUAUGAUGAUUCAUACUGGCGAAAAACCUUUCAAAUGUGAAGUGUGCUCAAAAUGUUUUGCACAUAGGCUAAGUUUAAAGGGGCAUAUUUUGAUUCAUACUGGUGAAAAACCUUUCGAAUGUGAAGUGUGCACUAAACGUUUUAGACGCAGAUCAAGUUUAAAGCAUCAUAUGUUUUCUCAUACCAGUGAGAAAGCUUGAUUCAGUCCCUCCUGAAUUCCGCGAUUCCGCGGACGCGGAAAAAUGUGCAGAAUUUGCACCAUCGUGCAGAAUAGUUGUUCGUCCGCGGAAAAUCACUUUUCGUGCAGAACACGUUCAGAAUUAAUAAUUUUAGGCCGUGGAAUUUGUCAAAAACACCGCAACAUGUUCAAUGUUUCUGAAUUGUAACAUUAAACAUGGAAUUUUAAUAGUGUUUACUUUGCAUGCAGUAAUAAAUAGAAACAUAAAUCAUUUGUUUCUUUUCUUUUAAGUUAUUACAGGCUGGACAAGUAACCGCCUCACAGUUACUAGUCUGCGUAACCUGCGUUUGGAACCAGCCUUUAGUUUCUGUCAUUGAAUCGGAAAUUCUCGCAAGAUAGAGCGCAAUGGAUUGUGGCGAGAUGUUCCGAUCGUUGCUCGGUGCGUAGGUUACGGAAACCGACGAAGACGGGUUGUAUUUACAUUUUGACAGAUUCCACAAAUACGAAAUAGGUUCAGCAAUUCCAUUCUAUUUAAUAUAAAAUAAUUAUAUUAACAUAUAGGUAUCGAUUGUUGGAAUCGUGAUGUUGAGCAACACUAUUUAAGUAUUUAUUAAUCACAAAUCACAUUUAACAAAGAAUCCGUAAGCAUAAAAACAGGAGGUUUUUUUCCAUAUCGUUUCCAUUUCAAUUUUUAAUGAUUCAAUCUUCCGGAAGCACCCGUCUGCUUAAAACAUAAAUCGUCUGCUUUUUCGCGAUUUUUAAAUAAAACUGUAACAUUUUGAACAUCUAGUUUUAAUUUUAAGUGUUAUUUUUCAGUUUUAUCUGUUGCAGAAUUUGCUGCAGAAUUCAUCAAAUUUUACCGCAGAAUAUGUCUA